AUGCCAGCACCUACCAACACCCUUCUUAUUGAGGGGUCAUUUACGGAGCUGUGCGAAGAGCUCGCUCAAUAUCUCAACGUGCUCCGAUCCAACGAAGGAGGUGCCAGUGUCAAUGCCGAGAUUGCCCCUUUGCUCGAGCCGUUGCGUCAACAGGAACAGAAUGGAGAAGAGCCAAAUUUGGGUCAACGCGAUGAGGUUUUGAAGAAGAUUGUUGCUGCGGCGGCGGUUUUGAAUAAUGCUCCCGAGAAGGAGUUUAUCCCCGCUUAUAAUCUCCUCGUCUAUCUGAUUCAGCAAUCCUCCGAUCCGGAUAUCUUCCUAUCGCGAAUUUGCUUUUACUUGUCAAAACCCGUCACAUCCUCAGCACAAUUCGGCCCGUCGCUGGCUCUUACUAUCCUGACCACCAUCUUCAAUACUCUCGCCCCCUCAGACUCCAGCCGGUACCAUGUCUUCCUUGCGAUUGUCGCCGUCAUCCGUCAAUCAGGUUCGACCACCGCCUACGAAGCCCUUAAAGAACAGUUGGUAAACCAGCUUCCCAACUGGCUCGCCUCCUGGGAAUUAGACGAGGAGGAUGCCCAGAAGCUGCACUUGGCCAUUGCAGACGCUGCCGAGGCUGCUGGCGACAGUGAAUUUGCGCAUGCCCACAUUGUCGAAGCCCUCCAGGCUAUCGAUGCCAAUGAAGCAUCGAGCAAGGAAAACCGGGAGCUCGCCGUUCGCGCUCUCACAUCUGCACUUGCGCAUCCUGCCAUUUUUGACUUUACAUCUCUCUCCGCUUCAGAUGCCGUCCAGGCUCUUCGGUCUAGCGACACAUCUCUUUUCGAGCUUCUUGAGAUUUUCGCUGCCGACACACUCGAUGCCUAUGAUGACUUUAUCUCUUCGACUCCAUUGAGCUCGAUUUCCGGCGGCGUGUUGGCGGAUUCUGGCGAUGCACUUCAGACAAAGAUGCGAUUGUUAACACUUACUUCUCUCGCGUCCUCGACUCCAUCCCGUUCCCUGCCCUAUGCCGCGAUAGCAUCCGCACUUCGCGUCGCCGAUACCGAGGUUGAAAAAUGGGUUAUCGACACUAUCCGUGCUGGACUCGUCGAGGGAAAACUAUCUCAGUUGCGUUCCGAGUUCUUGGUUCAUCGUGCCACGUACCGAGUAUUUGGCGAGAAGCAAUGGGCCGAAGUUCAGGGACGUCUGUUCGUCUGGCGCCGCAGUCUGGAAGGUGUUCUUGGCGUUAUUCGAACUGAACGGGAACGAUAUGCACGUGAACUCCAGCAGCAACAGGCUGCAGCACAGGCCGCCGAAGAAGGCGGCGCAGUUGGUAAGGGAGGUGAUAAGAAAUCAACCGGAGAUCGGAGACGGCAUCAACAGCACCAGUCACAACCUCACGAAGUUGACCUGUUAGGCGAGGGUGACUAA